AUGUUGAACGUCGCUCUUCGUGCUAAUAAAUCACUAAAUCGACUUUCAAGUCUUUCAUAUAGCACAUCAUCUAUAUUAAAUUCUUCAUCUCAUGGAGGAGCAGCAACAACAACACAACAUCAACAAGCUGGACCAGGACAUUUUGGUUUCUAUCGUCAAGUUGAAUUAUUUUAUGAUCGUGCAGCUAAAAUUCUUGAAGAUAAAUUAGUUGAUGAUAUGGUAAAAACAAAAUUAACUGAUGAUGCAAAACGUAAAAAAGUUAAAGGAAUAUUAAAAAUUAUUAAACCCUGCAAUCAUGUACUUGAAAUACGUUUUCCUAUACGUAAAGAUAAUGGAGAAUUACAUAUGAUUGAAGCCUAUCGUGCACAACAUUCACAACAUCGAACACCAUGUAAAGGUGGUAUACGUUAUUCAUUAGAUGUUAAUUUAGAUGAAGUCAAAGCGUUAGCAGCUUUAAUGACAUACAAAUGUGCUUGUGUUGAUGUACCAUUUGGUGGUGGCAAAGCUGGUGUUAAGAUUAAUCCUAAAGAUUGGUCGGAAGGAGAAUUAGAACGUAUAACACGACGAUUAACUGUUGAAUUAGCUAAGAAAGGUUUUAUUGGUCCCGGUAUUGAUGUACCAGCUCCAGAUAUGGGUACAGGUGAACGUGAAAUGGCUUGGAUUGCUGAUACAUAUGCAUCAACAGUUGGUUGGGAAGAUAUUCAUGCAUAUGGUUGUGUUACCGGUAAACCAAUCCUUGUUGGAGGUAUUCAUGGUCGAACAUCAGCAACUGGCCGUGGUUUAUAUCAUGGUGUAGAUAAUUUUGUUAAUGAAGCUUCAUUCAUGGGUAUGGUUGGUCUUUUACCUGGUCUUGCUGGUAAAUCAUUUAUUGUCCAAGGUUUUGGUAAUGUUGGUCUUCAUUCAAUGCGUUAUUUAACACGACAUGGUGCAAAAUGUGUUGGUGUAUUAGAAUGGGAUGCUGCCAUUGUUAAUCAAGAAGGAAUUGAUCCAAAAGCACUUGAAGAUUAUAAACUUGAACAUGGAACAAUAAAAGGUUUCCCCGGUGCUCAACCAUAUGAAAAACAACCAAAAGAAGAAUUAUUAUGUGAGCCAUGUGAUAUUCUUGUACCAGCAGCCAGUGAAAGACAAAUAACGACAGACAAUGCUGAUCGUAUUAAAGCUCGAGUUAUUGCUGAAGGUGCUAAUGGUCCAACAACACCUGAAGCUGAUGCUAUAUUAUUAAAAAAUAAUGUUCUCGUAAUUCCAGAUUUAUAUAUCAAUGCUGGUGGUGUCACAGUAUCUUAUUUUGAAUGGUUAAAAAAUUUAAGUCAUGUUAGUUAUGGUCGAUUAACCUUUAAAUACCAACGUGAUACAAAUUAUUCAUUACUUGAAUCAGUUCAAGGUUCAUUAGAAUCUAAAUUCGGUCGUAUGGGUGGAAAGAUUCCAAUUCACCCAAGUGAUGAAUUUUUAAAACGUAUGGCUGGUGCAUCAGAAAAAGAUAUCGUACAUUCUGGUCUUGAACAAACCAUGGAAAAGGCAGCACGUGCUAUAAUGCAAACAGCAAUGCGUUAUAAUCUUGGUCUUGAUAUUCGUACAGCAGCAUAUGUAAAUGCUAUUGAGAAAAUUUAUAAUGUUUAUGUUAGUGCUGGAAUUACAUUUGGUUCAUAG